GAACCGAAACCGCAUAUAUAUUUUUUCUCAUUCACCAAUUUUCCUCAGACGAGUGUAUUUCAAUUUUCUAAUAAGUUUACCUAUAAAUCAAGAAAAAUGCCUGCUAAAGCUGUUUGCGUUAUUAAUGGAGAUGCAAAGGGAACAAUUUUCUUCCAACAAGAGAACGAAAAUGCUCCCGUAACCGUUACUGGAGAGGUUACUGGUCUUGCCAAGGGAGAGCAUGGUUUCCAUGUCCAUGAGUUUGGAGACAAUACAAAUGGAUGCACUUCAGCUGGCCCACAUUUCAAUCCCCACGGCAAGGAACACGGUGCUCCAGUUGAUGAAAACAGGCAUCUUGGUGAUUUGGGAAAUAUUAUUGCAUCAGGAAAUGGACCAACCAAGGUUGAAAUCACAGACAAACUCAUUACUUUAUUUGGAGCCAACAGUAUUGUAGGAAGAACUGUUGUUGUCCAUGCCGAUCCUGAUGAUUUGGGAAAAGGUGGUCAUGAAUUGAGCAAGUCAACUGGCAAUGCUGGUGCACGUAUUGGUUGCGGUGUUAUUGGAAUAACCAAAGCUUAAUUCUGCACUAAUGAUAAAAAAAUGAAUUUAAAUGUUGAUUUUUAAAGUAGAAAAAUAAUUAACCGGUGAUGAAUAUAAAAAUAAACAAUUUUCCUUUGGGGAUAUAAAGGUA